GUCGAAUACGUGUAAUAUUUUUAACUCCCGUCCGAGACUUGAUGUGUUUAUAGCCGGCACGCGCGCCGCCUCGACUGCUGGUCCAAAUCCGCCAUUUGACCCAUUUCUAGCAAGUGUAAGGUUCAGCGUUCGAGUCCAGCAAUUCAGUAGCCGAAUGUGCCUUCCUAAUCAGCAGUGCCUUGCGAUGUGCCCGCGCGGAAAGUGCUUCGCGCAAAGUUAGUGAAAAGUGAGAGCAAAUUUACGCACGAGAAAAGACUGAAAGUGUGUUCCCCACCGGCAUGGAUCAUUCCCGCAAGCCGGACAAGAAGAAUCCCCGGAAGGGGGCGUUCGUCCUGUCCCAGCUGCUGUUCGGAUGGCUGCUGCCGGUGUUCUUCAAGGGGUGCCGGCGGGGACUGGACAAGGACGACCUCACCAAGUGCCUCAAGAAGGAUAAAUCCGAGGAUCUCGGUGAUCGGCUGGAGCAACAAUGGGAAAAGGAACUCGCCCGAGCCCGCAGUAAAAACUGCGAACCCCGUCUUCGGACCGCCCUGUUUUGGACCUUCAUCGACCAGUGCAUCUUUGACGGCUUCCUCGUGUUCCUGUUCGUUCUGAUCAAAUCAAUCCUGCCGCUGGUGCUGGCCCAACUCCUGAUCCAGUUCCAGCUGCCCGUCUCGCCCAACGCAACCCACGUGGCAGCUUUGGCGUUCAACGGAACCGCCCCUAGCACAGAGCUGCCCGAUGUGCUCCUCACGACGAUCAAUUUUCUGAACGAGCUGGACGAUGAGCACAACGAAACUGUAGUUGAUCGCGUCCGACGGAGCAUAGAGAGUGGGAAGCGCAAUCAGCUGGAGAAGAACGAUUGGCGGGAUGAUGCGGAUUACAGUAACAGCAAGGAUGACGGUUACGUCGAUCUGAUUGAGGAUGAGGAAGAGCCGACGGUGCGGCGGUUAUCAAGUGCCGCCGAUUACAUCAGUUACGUGUGGAACGAUGCGUAUUGGUUGGCGGGGAUCUUGGUGGCGUUGACCUUGCUGAGUUGUUUCUGUAGUCAUCACUCAGAUUUGCGGCAGCGGUUGGUGGGAGCUAGGAUGAGGAUCGCGUGUUGCUCGAUGAUCUACCGGAAGACGUUGCGAAUGUCGAAGAAAGCCGCUGGGCAAACGCCGGCCGGUUAUCUGAUCAAUCUGCUGUCGAACGACGUCAGUCGGCUGGACUACGGGUUCAUUUUCCUGCACUAUGUGUGGGUUUUGCCGUUCCAGGCGAUCUUCACGUGCUACCUCAUCUGGCGUCAGGUUCAGUGGGCGGCGGUAGUCGGAGUCGUAGGCUUACUGCUCAAGACGAUCCCCGUCCAAACGGGCUUGGGAAGGUUACAAUCGGUACUGCGAAUGCGCGUAGCGAAGCGUACCGAUCAACGGGUCGGUAUAAUGAACGAACUCAUCCAGGGCAUCCAGGUGAUCAAGAUGUACGCCUGGGAGAAGCCGUUCCACACGGUAGUGUCGCUAGCACGUAAAAACGAAGUCCAGCAGAUUCGGUGGGCCUCGUACAUCCGCGGAAUCUACCUCAGUACGAUGAUCUUCACCGAGCGAUCGACGCUCUUCCUCGCGAUCGCCAUGUGCUUCUUCGAGGGACGAGCCAUCACGGCGGAGAUCGUCUUCCCGAUGGCACAGUUCUUCAACAUUCUGCAACUGACCGCUGCCAUCUUCUACCCACUAGCUGUAUCGCUAGGCGCUGAAGCCCUCGUCUCGAUCGACCGCGUCCAAGAGUUCCUCGUAUUGGAAGAACAGGACAAAAAGAUGAUCGGUCUGCGCAAGAAUCUCAUCGAAAACGUCAAGACCUGCCCGGAGACGGCCGUUGAGCUUGUCAACGUGUCCGCCAGUUGGGACCAGGAAAAGGACAAAACCCUUAAAGACGUCACCCUGAAGGCCAAGUCCGGCCAACUCCUCGCCGUAGUCGGACCCGUCGGCGCCGGGAAGAGUUCCCUCCUUCAACUCCUCCUAGGAGAACUGCCCAUCACCAACGGAGAAACGAUCAUCAACGGGGACGUGUCGUACAGCUGCCAGGAACCGUGGCUCUUCACGGGCACCGUCCGGAACAACAUCCUGUUCGGUCUGCCGUACGAUCGCAAGCGCUACUCCGAAGUGGUCAAGCAUUGCGCCCUGCUCACAGACUUUGAACAACUCCCGGACGGGGACAAAACCGUGGUUGGCGAGCGGGGAACUUCCCUGUCCGGCGGGCAACGGGCUCGAGUUAAUCUGGCGCGAGCGAUCUACAAGAACGCAUCGAUCUACCUGUUGGAUGAUCCGCUCAGCGCCGUCGAUACCCACGUCGGGCGGCACCUGUUUGACGAGGUUAUGGGACCGCGGGGUUACCUGGCGACCCAGAAGGUCACGCGGAUUCUCGUUACACAUCAGGUGCACUUCCUGAAGGAGGCCGACUGGAUUGUGAUCGUGGAAAAUGGCAAAAUUCUCCUACAAGGCACGUACCAAACCCUGUCCAAGAGUAACCUGGACUUUGGUAAGCUGCUGGGAGCGUCCGAGGAGGUUAGUGAAAACGUCGCCGAGGAAGAGCUGGAAGACAUCGCAGAUGAGGAGAUUCCGUUCAUUGAUGGCGCUAAGGCGGAAAGUUACAAGCUGUUGAAGAGUUCGACCUCGCUGCGAGGAUCGACGUCGCAAAUGUCCAGCGUGGCGGAAAACCUCGGCCGCACCGUCGGCGAGGACAAAGCCGAAGGCAGCAUCCCGUUCCGCGUGUGGACCACCUACUUCCGGGCGGGUGGAAACCUGUUCCUGCUCUUCUUCACCUUCUUCAUGCUGAUCUUCUCGCAGGUCGUCAUCAGCGGGUCGGACUACUUCGUCACGUAUUGGACGCGCCAGGAGGAGCGGCGCCAGCGCGAUCUUCCGGUGGAACACUCGACCGGCGAAUACCUAACGGCGUACGGCGUCAUCAUCGUCGGCGUAGUCGUGUUCACCACCUUCCGAGGGUACCUGUUCUUCAACAUUUGCAUGAAGGCCUCCCGAACGCUGCACGAUCGAAUGUUCGCCAAGAUCCUGGCCGCUCCGAUGCGCUUCUUCGACACGAACCCAUCCGGGAGAAUCUUGAACCGCUUCUCCAAGGACAUGGGAUCGAUCGACGAGCUGCUGCCCAAAGCCAUCAUGGACGCCGUCCAGGUUCUGCUAAUCAUGGUCGGCAUCCUGGUGGUGAUCGCACUCAUGAACCCAAUCCUCCUGCUGGCACUCCUCGGCGCGAUCGUACUGUUUGCUGUUGCGUUGAAGCUGUACCUCCGACCAACGCAGGAUCUCAAGCGGCUCGAGGGAAUCACUCGCAGUCCGGUGUUUUCGCACCUUUCCGCCACGUUGAGCGGCCUGUCGACGAUUCGCGCCAACGAGGCCCAGCAAAAGAUCUGCCAGGAGUUUGACGCGCUGCAGAAUGUGCACUCGGCCGUUUGGCAGCUGACCAUGUCGAGCAACGCCGCGCUCGGGCUGUGGCUGGACUGUAUCAGUACGGCGUUUGUGGCCUGCGUGACGUACAGCUUCAUCGUGAUGCACCAAGAAAUCUUCAGUGCCAACGUCGGACUCGCCAUCUCUCAAGCGAUGAUCUUGACCGGUAUGGUGCAGUACGGCAUCCGCCAGACGGCGGAGUCAAUCCAGCAGAUGACCUCGGUGGAGCGUGUAAUUCAGUACACCGAGCUCAAGUCGGAAGCGGACCCGCCCAAGAUCCCGCCGGGCGACUGGCCCUGGAAGGGUCAGAUCGAGUUCCGCCGGAUGACGCUGCGGUACGACAAGGACGGUGCGGCGGUGCUGAAGGACCUGGACCUGACGAUCGCUCCGGCGUGGAAGGUGGGGAUCGUGGGUCGCACCGGCGCGGGCAAGUCCUCGCUGAUUGGGGCGUUGUUCCGGCUGGCGCCGAUCGAGGGCAAGAUCUUGAUCGACGGGAUCGAUACGGGGGUGGUUUCGCUGGAGUCGCUGCGGUCGAAGAUUUCGAUCAUCCCGCAGGAUCCGGUGCUGUUCAGUGCGACCAUCCGGUACAACCUGGAUCCGUUCAGUUUGUACGACGAUGACGCGCUGUGGAGGGCGAUCAACGAGGUCGAGCUGAGGUCGGCCAUCUCCGGGCUGGACUACAUGGUGACGGAGAGUGGUACGAACUUUAGCGUCGGGCAGAGGCAGCUGAUCUGCUUGGCGAGGGCCAUUUUGAGGAACAACAAGAUUUUGGUGCUGGACGAAGCGACGGCGAACGUGGAUCCACAAACCGACGCCCUCAUCCAGCGCACGAUCCGCGACAAGUUCAAACAGUGCACCGUGCUGACGGUGGCGCACCGCCUCCACACCGUCAUGGACUCGGACCGCAUCCUGGUGAUGGACGCGGGCGAGGCGCGCGAGUUCGACGCACCCCACGUGCUGCUCCAGCUCGAGGGUGGCAUCCUGCGCGACAUGGUCGACGCGACCGGCCCGUCCGAGGCGGAAUCUCUGCGGCGUAUCGCGGCCGACACGUACGCCACGAUCGACCCGAACCUGCACCUGCUCAACGGACUGCCCAACCCGUGGCGCUUCAGCAAGGAGAGUGGCGGCGGCGGCGGUGCCUCUUCGUAAUACUCACCAAAUAAGCAAUCGUUAGGGAUAUAACGUUAUUUUACCACUAUUUACAACUUUUUAAGAGCAACUCAGCAACUAGUUAGGUUAGGUUUUCGUAUAUUUGGUACAAAUAAAGCAAGAUCUAAGAACUGCAAGGAGGUUCUUCCUCGUCAAA